UAAAUUAUGCAUAUUGCCAAAAUGUCAUAUUGUUUGUCGUCCAGUGUUCGGUGACGUUUCUCCUCCUCAUUGGAAGCCAUGUUUCAUCAGCAAAGAUGGGCGACACCAUUUCAUCCCGAUGUCCUCACACGCGCACACACACACACAGGAAGAAAAUAAGAUUUAAUAUUCACUAGCGCCAAUGGACGUCGCUAUAUGUGAUUCUGAAGCGCAUUACGAUCUUUGUGUGUGAAUUAGACAUCGAGAUUACAAAUCCGGCUAAUUUACGUUUAGUUUAGCCUCCAGGCACUCCCCUCCAUCUCUCCCCCUCCCCAUGAGCGUGAGCCUGCUAAUAAACACCAAUUGACGACGAAGAGACGAUGAAAAUGGACACCUGCAUCCGGAUUCCAACAGAAGCGAGGCCCCGUUCUGAUUUAUGACCACUUUUGUACUGUAGUGUAUUUCUAAAGCGACCAUGAUUUUUGCGCUAUGGCCGCUGCUGAUCCACGUCAACGCGUGGCUUGGGGUCGCGCCGAGCCCAACCGACGAGGGAGCAAUGCGGGCCGGCCACGGGGACCACGGAGAGCCGGGCCGCCAGGAGCACCACAAGGACUCGUACAACACCUUCGCCUCCGAGUUCUUGGAAUCUCGAUAUCUGUCUGAUGAUGGUUAUCCUUUUCCCACUGCGCCACCAGUGGACCCCUUUGCCAGAAUCAAAGUGAGUGACUGUGGUGUGACCAAAGGAUGCAUCAGGUAUGGAAAGCCUGGUUGCGAUGCGGAGACAUGUGACUACUUCCUGAGUUACCGUCGCAUCGGGACAGAUGUGGAGUACGAAAUGAGCGCCGACACUGACGGCUGGGUGGCCGUAGGUUUCUCCUCCGACAAGAAAAUGGGAGGCGAUGAUGUCAUGGGCUGCGUCCACGACGACAACGGCCGCGUGCGCAUCCACCAUUUCUACAACGUAGGCCAGUGGGCCAAGGAGAUCAAGAGGAACCCCGCCAGAGACGAGGAGGGCAUCUUUGAGAACAACCGCGUGACCUGUCGUUUCAAGCGUCCGCUCUACGUGCCACGAGACGAGACGCUCGUGGACCUCCACCUGUCGUGGUACUACCUGUUUGCCUGGGGCCCUGCCAUACAAGGCUCCAUCACUAGACACGACAUCGACAGUCCACCGGUAAGCGACCACAUGGUCAGUAUUUACAAAUACGAGGACAUCUUCAUGCCUUCCACAGCCUACCAGACCUUCAAUUCACCCCUUUGCCUAUUACUCAUAGUAGUCCUCACCUUCUACUUGCUGAUGGGAACACCAUGAAGGCAGUGGUGGACAAGCAAGAUGUGGCAGCAAUAAAACAAGUUACUUUUAAGUGUGUGCUUUGCACACAUACAUACUAUCUUAGAAAUGUUAAAACAAAAUAAAUCUAUGUAGUGUAACACAGUAUACUUUUGGGGAGUCAUUUGCUGCUGCCAAUCAAAAGUAACUGCUUUGUAACACAAAACUUUCGCACAAGGGCAGUUAUUUUCAGUUAUUGCACAUGCCAGGAGACAAAUUAGUAGCAUGUGCUCAGAAAUAAUCGUUGUGCGGAUCAUAAAAAGAGCAGAUGGCAAUCAUUUACUGGCUCGUGAUUAUCUUGACUGAAGGACAAAAUAAGAAGCAUCCUUUUUUUUUUACUUGAUGACUUUUUUUUGGCUGGAGCCUAUCCCAGCUGUUUUCGGGCAGUAGGCGGUGGACACCCUGAACCGGUUGCCAGCCAAUCGCAGGGCACACGGAGAUGAACAACCAUCCGCGCUCACACUCACACCUAGUGACAAUUUAGAGCGUUCAAUCAGCCGGCCACGCAUAUUUUUGGAAUGUGGGAGGAAACCGAAGUACCCGGAGACAACCCACGCAGGCACGGGGAGGACAUGCAAACUAUACGCAGGACGCUGGAAUUGAACCCGGUACCUCUGUACUGUGAGGUUGAUGCGCUAACCACUCAACACCGGGCCGCCCAUACAUACAGGGUCAGGAAAAAUGAUCUGACACAUUUGUAGGUUAAAUAAAAGGCAAAUAAAGUAAAGAAACAAAAAAGUGUUUUUAUUUUAGAAAAGUACAUAUGACGUUUUAUAGAUAUAUAAAUGUGUAUAUAUAUACUGCAUAUACAGCAUAUAUUAAACUUGAUGAAAGGUAUGGUGGUAUGAGAUACUAAUAUAUAUAUUGUACAAUUGGCUGGGUAUGUUGAAUUUAAAAAAACAAAAGAAAUCAUUACAAUUAUUUUUGAUUUAUUGUACAUUAUUAAUCCCUAAUGGAGGAUUGAAUUUCAGGGAUUAAAAUUUGUAUAGUAAUGCCUUUCACGUCAAUAUACUGUACAGGUACUAUCUACAGUGAUAUCUACAUCAUACCAUUAAAAGUUCAAAUAAAACAUGCCAAAA